CCCGUAUAUGAGAUGAUAUGUCGAGAUAUAGCUGUUAUGCGUAGGAGAUCAGACGGGUAUCUAAACGCCACGCAGAUUUUGAAAGUUGCUGGGUUGGACAAACCUCAAAGAACACGAGUGUUGGAGAGGGAGGUCCAGAAAGGUGAACAUGAGAAGGUGCAAGGGGGUUAUGGCAAAUACCAAGGAACUUGGAUCCCGGUCGAAAGAGGAUUAGCAUUAUCGAAACAAUUCAGCGUUGAAGAUGUUCUUCGACCUAUCAUCGACUAUCGAGCCACUUCCCAAUCCCCACCUCCCGCUCCCAAACACAUCGUUGCCCCUCCCACAAGAACCAAAAAAGAUAAAGAAACUCCUAUCCAUUCUUCUCCGACCGACCCCAUUUCCAAAUCUGCUGACGACAGUAUGUCUACCUCACCUCUCGCAGAUGAAGAAGAAGAAUCUGUCACUCCUUCACCCGUGACGUCUGUACGUGCUUUGGAAGAGCUAGACCCAGAGUUAGGAAUGGGAAUUGGAACUUCACGGAAACGAUCGGUGAACGUUAUGCUGGAAGAAGAUCUUGAUCCUUAUACUCAUUUAAGAAACGCGAGAGGAAAUUCUGCUAUUCAUACACCUCGAUCAUCUCCUCCUGUUCAACCUACAGUAAUGGCAGAUGGUCCAACAAAGUAUACAGAUCAUAUCCUCAAUUACUUUAUCUCGGAGACCACUCAAAUACCAAGUUUCUUGAUUACUCCACCUCCUGAUUUUGAUCCGAAUCAACCUAUCGAUGAUGACGGACAUGCGCCUCUCCAUUGGGCUUGCGCGAUGGGUCGAGUUAGAGUUGUGAAAUUAUUGUUAACCGCCGGUGCUAGUAUUUUCGCUGCCAAUUGUGCCGACCAAACACCUCUUAUGAGGAGUGUAAUGUUUUCCAACAAUUACGACGUUCGAAAGUUUGCCGAAAUAUACGAACUGUUACAUCGUUCGACACUCAAUAUUGACAAACAAAACCGUACUGUCUUUCACCACAUUGCCAAUCUCGCUUUGAACAAGGGUAAAACCCAUGCCGCGCGAUAUUAUAUGGAAACUAUUCUUUCUAGAUUAUCAGACUUUCCACAAGAAUUAGCGGACGUGAUAAAUUUUCAAGAUGAAGAAGGUGAGACCGCUCUCACUUUAGCUGCUCGAGCUAGAAGUAGAAGACUCGUCAAAGCUUUAUUAGAUCAUGGUGCUGAUCCUAAAAUUCGGAAUAGAGAUUUGAAAUCUGCCGAAGAAUAUAUAUUAGAAGAUGAACGAUUUCGUUCUUCUCCAAUACAUGAAAGACCCAAUGGAAUACAAAUCAAAGAUUCACCACAAUUGUAUCUAUCCGAAGCUGCAAGAAUGGCAGGAGGACAAAUGUUAUCGGAUUUAACCACACAUAUGCAGACAUUAGCAAGAUCUUUUGAUUCUGAAGCUCAAAUGAAAGAUAGGGAUAUAUUACAAGCUAAAGCUACUCUCACUUCGACUCAUGCGGAAAUAUCGGAUACGACAAAGAUUAUCGACAGUCUUAAAAUUCAGAUAGCUCCUUUGGAACAGAAACGCACGGAGUAUGAACAAUUACAAUCGGCGUUGAGAAGGAGAGUGAAUGAAAGUUUGAAAAGGACUUGGGAAACUUGGGAACAAAGUGGAAGAGGGGAAGGGAUGGGGUAUCAGGGAGAAAAUGAGGAGACUUUGAGAUGGCAUUUGGAAGAGAAAAGGAAGAGAAGGGUGGAUUUGGUGAGACGGUAUGUUAAGGCUCAAGCGGAGGUGAGUUCGACUCAGACUCUUUCUAAUCGCUCACUCCAUCUGCUUUGA